AUGGCGGGGAGUGGUCAGUAAAACUUCUAGCAGAUAAAAGAGCAUCUGGGGCAAUCAAUGGCCUAUUAAUAAAUCCGGAAAACGACUAUAUCCUCGUAAGCGGACACAAGACUGCGGAAAUUUGGACCGCGACCGGCGAGUUAGUUGGAAAAUCAGCAACCAACUUUCUGCAUUUGGAGCAAGUUCUUCAAGAUCCUCAUCAGCCUGACAGAUUCCUAGUAAUCGAACGGUCUACGACUUCCCUGUAUUGUUGGGAAGAUUUCCAACCAGUGGAACUAUCCAACAAAGUAGCCCUUGAAGCAUAUGAAUCUUCAAGUAGAAGUACAACCACGACCUUCCACGGGCCCAACUACCUCAUUAAAUUCACAAAAUCACAAGGGAACAAAGCCAAAUCAACACUACAAUUCUACCCUUCAACAAUAUUCAAUGACCCCGAAGUCUCUCCCGCACCACUUCCUGGCUACGAGAUUCUCGGUCCAUUCGUUGAACAUUUCAUCUCCAUCACCGAAAACAAGCUUCUCUUCAUCAACACAGACCUCUGGGUGUGUAGCCUUGACCUGAAAACGUUCGCAGCAACACAAGAAGUCAAGCGUCAUUUCUUUAUUCCUUCAAAUUGGCAAGUAGCCUCUGGGGAAAUAAUGAUUUCCUUCACGGCGAAAAAGGAUUUUGUGUUUGUUAAAAGGAGUGAGUUGGUGAUCAUUAGCCGAGGGUUGGAUUUUUCGGAUGUCUUUACGCUUUCUGGUGUGCCAAAAGAUUUGUAUCGCUAG